CUCCAACUGCUUUUAGUACAGCCUGCUGCUCCACUGCUAUGCUAUAUCCUCUGGUGGGGAUCACUCUGAACAGGCGCAAACAUUGGAGCUGGAUUGAAGUUCCACGAAUGUCCCUUCUACAGGCUCUAUGUGCCCCGGUCAAUAAGGAACAACACCGCAUGCCACCCAGUGUCCUACAAGCGCUGUCUAGCAGAGGGACACUAAUUUUGGAAGCAGCACUGAAGAGAGCUUUGCAAGUCCUCAACAAGGCUGUACAACAACAGGAUCAGCUACAACAUGAUUGUAGAGGAUGUACCCAUUGCCUCUUUCCAGAAUGUGUGAACAAAACUACACAGUGCAGAGAAAUGAAUAUGGUUCCAGCAUCUGAACCAACGUGUGAGGUUAUCCUGGCAGCACAAGCUGAGGCUGAUCCGCUAGAGAGAAGUUGGGCCUUGAGCCAUGCAUGCAGCUUCUAUCAGCAGUUCUGUCCACAGGGGAAUUACAUUUCAGACAUGUGCAUAGAGGCCAUGGCUGGCCACUGUCACCUCAAGCUUCAGGAGUGCAAGCUGGAGACUGACAUGGAUUAUCUGAACACUUCUCCUGAGAUUGAAGAUAUGGCAACCUGUGGACAGACUUUACCACCUACAAGGAACAGCACAGAAAUCAGUGGGAGAAUAGUGGGAGGGAGUGCAACAUCUCAGGGGUCAUGGCCUUGGCUGCUGAACAUUAGGCUUAAUGGAGAACUAAUGUGUGGAGGCGUGCUUCUGGGGGAUGUAUGGGUCCUCACAGCUGCUCACUGCUUCACUGGUGAUAUUAAUGAACUACACUGGACAGUCGUAAUUGGACAGUAUGACCUCAGCAAAAAGGAUGAUGGUGCAAAGAUCUUCAAUGUGAACAGGAUAGUAAGCCAUCCCAAGUUCAAUCAGAAAACGUUCAAUAAUGACCUUGCACUGUUAGAGCUGACUAGUGCUGUCACGGAAUUUCAGAGGGCAAGACCGGUGUGCCUACCUGAAAUAUCUAAGGAUCCCAUUCCUGGCACCAACUGUUUCAUUGCUGGAUGGGGCUCUCUCUAUGAAGACGGACCCUUAUCAGAUGUGGUGAUGGAAGCACGCGUGCCAGUUCUAAGCCAGGAGAUCUGCAAAAAUACCCUAGGGAAAGACAUGUUGACCGGUACAAUGUUUUGUGCAGGUUAUCUAACCGGUGGCAUUGAUUCUUGCCAGGGUGAUUCUGGAGGACCUCUGACUUGCCAGGAUCCUGUCUCUAAACGGUACAGUCUCUAUGGGAUCACUUCAUGGGGAGAUGGUUGUGGGGAGCGAGGGAAACCAGGCGUUUACACCAGAGUCACAGCAUUCACCGAAUGGAUCAGCGUUCAAAUGAAAAAAUCCUUGCCAAGCCGAGAACCAACAUGCUUUGAAUUGGGAGGAAUGGAGGAACUACAGGACAAUGAUAAAAAGUCAGAGAUCAGGGAACAAUGUCUUUUCUACAGACAGUCAUGUCCGGGUCCCAUGAGUCAGGAGGCAUGUUCACGUUAUGCAGAGGAAAAAUGCAGACAGAAACAGAGGAGAUGUGAGCUACGCUCUUACCUUAAGAGCCUUCUGGACUUACUGCGCAGAGCAGAAGAUUUCUUACGAAACAACAUGAAUUUUUCAUUCUUCACUCAAACAAUCCCACAGUUCAUGGAAGAGAUGUACAACAAUGUAGUUCCAUCCAGAAUUCGCAGAGAUGUUCAAGAGCAGAUUCUUGUGACAGAGACAAUGGAUAAAGGAACCCUUCAGUUAAUCGCAACCGAACCAGACCAGCUAAUUGGAAAUGAUACAGACAGAUCCAGUCAGCUGCAAAACACAACAUUUGAAUCAUUGUUUGAAGACAUGGGACCUGGGCUGGAGGACUGGGUAACUCUUCUGAACAGGAUGCCUGCAAACAUAAUUGCAGGUUCAUUGGAUGACAACCAUGAAGGCAAAAGUGGGGUGAACGAGAUUUUCCUGCAGGGAAACGAGGCAGCAGUGAAAGAUCUAGAAGAACAAGGAUGGAAGAUUAUUCAAGAACUGAAAUCGCAGCUCAGACAUAAAGGAAUUAUAAUAAACUAUCCUGAAAAAUCCUAUGAAGGACUGAAGCUAGGUCUUGGUCAUUUCCACGUACAGAAACGGGAAGCAAAACCUGUCCAUGAAGAUGAAAAAGAAAACGGCAAAGGGUGUGAGCGUCUAGAAGAAGCCAUCAGAGAAGUUCAGUCCAUUACAGAAAGAUACAGCUGGAUUCUUCAGGUGCCAGAGAAAGAUCUGUACAUGGAUUUUCAGGAGAUUCUGGUGGAUCUAGGCUCUAAAAAUUUGAAAGGACUUUACAAAGCCCGGAUUCGAGUUUGUGUAGCUGGGAAGUCUACAACCUUUAUCAGCCUGGUGGGGAUGGAAAGCAAUUCUUUCUUUCGCAGCAUGCCAGGGAUUAUUGCCCUGUCAUUGGAUGCUUUGAAAACGUAAUCAAUCUUUCGUUUUUCCUUUCAAAAAGGAUCAGAGAUCUUCGAGGUGGAGUACACGUUUGGACAAAUCCACUCACGGCCUUUUUUAAUGGUUUGUUCAUUUGAGAAUAUCAGUGGGAAGAUGGCCUUUGUUACCCCAGUUUUUAAGUGUUGCUUGACCUUUGCUACAGCAGCAUAAAGCAACAUAUAGAUCAGGUCCUCAAUUAAAAAAUAUGUAUUCAAAUUGUUCUCUGGGAAGCAAGAUCAAAGGAGACCUGCAUACAUAUGUUUGUAAAACAGAUUGCACAGUUUACAAGUUAUAC